AUGGAAGGGGCAAACUUCACCUGGGUCUUUGAGUUCCUUCUCCUGGGCCUCUCAGAAGACCCCAAAGAACAGCAGCUGCUGUUCAUACUGUUCCUGAGCAUGUACCUGGUCACAGGUAUGGGGAAUCUGCUCAUCAUCCUGGCCAUCGCCACCGACGUCCGGCUCCACACUCCCAUGUACUUCUUCUUGGCCAACCUGGCAUUUGUAGAUAUUUGCUUCACCUCCACCACCAUUCCCAAGAUGCUGGCCAACCACGUGUCAGGACACAAAGGGAUCCCUUACUCUGGCUGCCUGACCCAAAUGUUCUUCUUCAUCUGGUUUGCCGGCAUUGAUAGCUUUCUGCUGACCGCCAUGGCCUACGAUCGCUAUGCAGCCAUCUGUCACCCUCUGCACUAUGCCAGGUCUGUAACGCCACAGUUCUGUGGCCUCCUGGUGACAGCGUCCUGGACUGCAGCCUUUGGGAAUACCCUGGCCCACACGGUAUUACUGACCCGCCUCUCAUUCUGCUCCCACAACCGGAUCCCCCACUUUUUCUGCGACCUCAGCCCUCUGCUGAAGCUAGCCUGCUCUGACACGUUUCUCAACAAUGCACUGGUGUACACUGUGGGCACCCUGCACAUCAUCACCCCCUUCGUGGGCAUCUUGGUCUCCUACACACGUAUCUUCACUGCUGUGCUGAGGAUCCCGUCCACGAGAGGCAAGCAGAAGGCUUUCUCCACCUGUGGCUCUCAUCUCUCUGUGGUGUCACUGUUCUAUGGGACACUUAUUGGGGUUUAUUUCAGCCCUAUGUCCUCCCGCACGGCUCAGAAGGACACGGCUGCUGCGGUGAUGUACACCGUGGUCACUCCGAUGCUGAACCCCUUCAUCUACAGCUUACGCAACAGCGACAUGAAGGGCGCU